AUGUGUCACCCCAGGGUGGCAGCCAGGCCCUGUCGCCCCCCUGUCCCAUGCUGAGGCCCUGUCCCCGUCGUCCCCGCAGCAUCGUGCACCUGUGCCUGCGCAAGGCUGACCAGAAGCUGGUGAUCCUGAAGCAGAUCCCGGUGGAGCAGAUGAGCAAGGAUGAGCGGCUGGCGGGGCAGAACGAGGGCCAGGUCAGCCAUCCCAACGUCAUCGAGUACUACGAGAACUUCCUGGAGGACAAGGCGCUCAUGAUCGCCAUGGAGUACGCCCCAGGGGGCACGCUAGCAGAGUUUAUUCAUAAGCGCUGUAACUCCUUGCUGGAUGAGGAUACCAUCCUGCACUUCUUUGUGCAGAUCCUCCUGGCUCUCCACCACGUGCACACCAAGCAGAUCCUGCACCGUGACCUGAAGACUCAGAACAUCCUCUUGGACAAGCAUCGCAUGAUUGUCAAGAUCGGAGACUUCGGUAUCUCCAAAAUCUUGAGCAGCAAGAGUAAAGCCUACACAGUUGUGGGAACUCCAUGCUACAUCUCCCCAGAGCUCUGUGAAGGGAAACCUUACAACCAGAAGAGCGAUAUCUGGGCUUUGGGCUGUGUGCUGUAUGAACUUGCCAGCCUCAAGAGGGCUUUCGAAGCUGCGAAUCUUCCUGCCUUAGUAUUGAAGAUCAUGAGUGGGACGUUUGCCCCAAUAUCAGAUAGAUACAGCCCCGACCUGCGCCAGCUCAUCCUUAGCAUGCUGAACCUGGAUCCUUCCAAGCGGCCCCAGCUGAAUGAGAUCAUGGCCCAGGCCAUCUGCAUUCGGCCUCUUCUGAACCUCUACACUGAUGUGGGCAGUGUCAAAAUGAGAAGGCCUGAAAAACCCUUGGCUCCGGUGCCAACAGUGACCCACAGCCGGACAGGGGGACGAGUGAGCAGUGCCAGACCGAGGGGUGUUCGAGGUGGUUCAGCCAGGACAGGAAUCCCUCCUCCGCUGUCAUCCAUCUACACCUGGGGGAGCGGAAUCACCACACCUCUCCGCCUGCCCAUGCUUAACACCGAAGUGGUGCAGGUGUCUGCUGGCAGGACGCAGAAGGCCGGGGUCACCAAAUCGGGGCGGCUCAUCAUGUGGGAGGCUCCCCCGAUGGGUGCUGCGGGAGGCCCUUCUCUCCCGGGAGCCACCGAGCAGCUCCAGCCUCAGUUUGUGUCCCGCUUUCUGGAGGGCCAGUCUGGCGUGACCAUCAAACACGUGUCCUGCGGUGAUCUCUUCACAGCCUGCCUCACAGACAGGGGGAUAAUCAUGACUUUCGGCAGCGGCAGCAAUGGCUGUUUGGGGCAUGGAAACUUCACGGACGUAAGCCAGCCCAAGAUCGUGGAGGCCCUGCUGGGCUACGAGAUGGUGCAGGUGGCCUGUGGCGCGUCUCACGUCCUGGCGGUUUCCAACGAACGGGAAGUGUUUGCCUGGGGCAGGGGGGAUAAUGGUCGGCUUGGGCUGGGUACCCUGGAGUGCCACAACUCCCCCCAGCAGGUUGUGGUCCCGCCGGAGCACGAGGCUCAGAGGGUCAUCUGCGGCAUCGAUUCCUCCAUGGUCCUCACAGUGAAGAACCAGAUUCUUGCUUGUGGGAGCAACAGGUGUAACAAGCUGGGCCUAGAUCGGAUCAGCUCAGCAGAGGAGCCUUCUCCGGAGGACCAGGUGGAAGAGGCCACCGUGUUCAUGUGUGCCCAGUCGUCCCCCUUGAACCAAGAGCCGAUUGUGUGUGCUGACAUUGGUACAGCACACUCCGCUGCAGUCACAGCUUCUGGCCAGUGUUACACCUUUGGGAGCAACCAGCACGGGCAGCUGGGCACCAGCUCCUGCCGCAACAGCCGUGUACCCCACCUGGUUGUGGGGCUCCAGGCGAUGAAGGUCACCGUGGUGGCUUGUGGGGAUGCCUUCACUGUGGCCAUUGGAGCAGACGGCGAGGUGUGCACGUGGGGGAAAGGGGCCAGGGGACGCCUGGGCAGGAAGGACGAGGAAACGGGAACGCCGAGGCCAGUGCAGCUGGAGGAGACGCAUCCGUACCUGGUGACCUCCGUAGCCUGCUGCCACGGGAACACACUGCUGGCAGUAAAGCCUGCUGUGGAAGAGUCACCUUCCCAGUGA